GCUGAUGUUGCUGCGAAGUCUCUACCUCCGCUUCGAACUAAGAAAAGGCAGCGAGCAGUGUUCAAACCCCCAAACCCUAAUUAAGCACACACAAUCAAACACAAGCACACGGACCUCGACACAACGUGCACAAGGCUCGAUGGCAGGAAAGCCGCAGCAGGGGAGAGAUCGAAGAGCACGGGACUCUAGCUAGCUCUCGGGGCCUCAGAUCACGAUGCCCAACUUCGAAGAGCUUCGAAUUUUUAGCUUAAUCGAAGGCUCUACUCUCUUCAUGCAAACCUCGCUUCCUCACGUAAUUGAGAGGUUGUAGCAGGUUGUUUGUCUGUGUCCGCUUCGGUAGGCACAAUGAUGUCGCACCGCGUUUAAUUUACUGGUCUAGCUUGAGUUGUGGUGGUGAUGGUGGAGUGGGAGAAGGCUAUGGUGAUGGAUCGGUGGUGAGGAGACGGGCGGGCGGGCGGGCUGGCGGGAGAGAGAGAGGGAGAGGAGAGGAGUAGCACCAUGAGAGGCGGGAGGUUUCAAGCGAAGAGCAAUGAGGAUAUGAACAUGCGCAAUGCGGAGACAUUGUUCGAGGCGAAGACGGUUGUAAAGAACCGGGAAGUGGAAGUGUACACGCAAUAUGAGAUCGAGGCGAAGAAAGAGGAGCUUCGGCAGUUUGUCGGGGCGAGUUAUCGCGAUUUGAUCGAGUCCGCGGACUCGAUCAUCCUCAUGAAGCAGUCAUGUUAGGCGGUGGGGGCCAAUGUGGACAAAAUGCAGCAGGGUUUCGAGGAUUUGAAUCGGAGCGUGAGUGUCAGUGUGUCGCCGCCCGCAGCGGAUCUUGAGCGCAAGAGGAGAGAGCGGUUGUAUGAGGUUGGCUCUAGGGUUAAGUAUCUCGUGGAUACGGCGGAAAAAAUCUGGGGGUGUUUGGAUGAUCAUUUGCACUUGAAGAGCGCGGAACGGUAUUUGCGAGUCAAGGAAGUUCACUCACUGUUGACGGAGAUCGGAGUCAAAGACGAAUUGCUUGGGAGGUUUCCGCUGCUGCGCCAGCAAUGGCCCUUGAUUGAGAGGUUUAGAGUGCAAAUCUCCAAGAGGAGCAAGGACAGAUUGCAGGAGCCGGGAUUAAGCGUAAGGGAUUACGAUGUGGCUCUGGCCGGUUGCGGUAUUACUGGUGAGCUCAAUUGGUCGCAGAUCUUCACUCUGUUUCUUGAAUCACGCAAGCUGUGGGUGAGGUCGCACCUGCGAGCGUGUGUGCAGGAAAAUAAUUUUGGAAAAAAUGGAGGAGAGGGGAAUUCUAUGGCGGAUGUAGCAGGUUCUAUAUGUAAGGUUUUGCAUAUGAUUCAGACUUCCUGUGCCAAGUUGGUUGACGAUUGUCUUGAGGCAAUGAAACCAGUCGGUCCUGUAGAUUACUCUGAUGAGAAGCUAGUGCCAAAGGCAGGAGCAAGCGGCAAUGUCCUGCAGGAGUUGGAUCUCAGUUCUAAUGGAAAACUUCAGUUUAAAUCUGGAAGUGUAGAGAGUGAGUGGGAUGGUGACGCCCGGUUCUUCUUCAUACCGGAGGUCACAAAUGUGAAAGAUAAAGUAGAUGAAAGUUUAAAUCUGAUACUUCGAGACCUAUUAAGCUUCUUGCAAGGGUCUCAUGUACUGAUGAGGACAGAUUCACUAGCGCCCUAUCUACAGGAGCAGUGCUUUAAGUGGAUGGCUGAUGUUGUUAAGGUGCUAGAAGCUCGGGUCUUGAUGCUUUCGGAGAACAUGUCCAAGGCAACUAAGGAAGCUUCAACUCAGACCACAGCAGAGGAUCCAAAGCACGCAUUGAAAUCUAAUUCUCAGGGGAUACCGGUUAGUAGGGCUGGUUUCGAUAGCCAUUCAUUAAAGUCAGGAAAUUUUCCGAGGGUGGUUGAACAAGCUUUGUUUUUGGGGCGAUUAACUGCUGCUGUGGGAGAGCAUUCUAUAUCUCUUCCUUUACUUUUAGGGUCCCCCACGUCGUGGACUGCAAACGAAACAGCUCUUCGUCAAUCGUCAGUUGAGUGUUCGCCUCAUAUUUUGCGGCAAUCUUUGUGGUCCGAAACAAACUCUAAUCUUGAGGGUUCUAUAAAAUGGUUUUUCAGAAGAAGGAGUGGUAGCUGUCGCAGCAUAUCCAAGUCUUUCCACGUCAUGAUGUCAUCUGAUUAUCUUUUUUCUGUUUCGCUCAAGCGUUGGGAGGAGACUCUAAUUAAGACUUGUGGAGAAGAUGGUGAAGAUAUAGAGGCACGCAUUUCCGUACCAGCUAUGCCGUCACCUUAUGUCGUGGCAUUUUGUUCGCUGGGUCGAGAAAUUCAUCAGAUUGGUGGCCAUGUAUUAGACAGAGCUGUUUCGGAGAUGUUUGUAUGGGAACUCCUAGAGAAGGUCUUAUCAAUAUACGAGAAGUUUAUAUCUCAUCCAUCCUUGAUGAACUCGCGCGUGUCAGAGAAGGGCGUCCUGCAGCUCCUUUUCGAUGUUAAGUUCUUAUCGGAUGUGCUUUCAGGGGGACAAGAAGUUCAUGUCGAAAAUAUAGAUGCAGUAGGAACCGAUAAUCUUGCUUCUUCCUCCCCGUUAAAGCAAACAACUUUGAAAGCAGCAAUCAGCCGAAAAAGGUGGAUCCAAAAAUUGCUGGAUGAUUUGCAUGGUCAUAUUGACCCCAUUGAUUGGGCCACGUAUGAAUCCUACUUGAUGGAGCAGGAGCGGCGGUAUUAUAAGAGUUGUGCAGUGCUUUUUGGCUCUCUGAUCCAGCUGAAACGCGUUCAUACCGAUGUUGCACUAAAACCUCUAUCCACAUCAGAAACUAACACCCUCAACAUGUCUGCAACAGUUCCACGUUUCACAUAUCUUCCUAUUAGUGCGCCUUUGUUUUCGGUCACGAAAUCAUCCCCGCUAAGGUCUCGACGAAGUUCAUCACAAGAGAACGAUUCUCUCUGGAGGGCAUCAAUGCAUAGUGACGACGCAUCUAUGUUUUCUUAUUCUGAGGCAGCAUCUCAGAAUUCUCAAGGAUCUGCAAAGCUGCUGCAGCAACUUAUGGGGGUCGGAACUAAGUUUGGACAGAGCACAUUUGGUAAGCUUCUCAGCGACUCUCAAGUCGGUCGGUUUAAAGACAAGUCUGCUGCAGCUAUUUCGACAUUUGGUAAUAUGUUCCCAAAACAAGCAGCUGGGCUUUUCUCCUCCCUUGGGAGUGCAAUGAAACAUGACUCACGGGACACAGUGUAUUAUUAAGUUUGACACAAAGUGAUGCUUUAUGAAGACCAACGCCUCUUUUUGACUUCUAUCAUAGAGGCUCUUCGCACGGUACUAUAAAACGUCUAUUCAUAUUUCGCACCUGCAGUCAGAGUGCGUGUGGAGAUGUUCUAUGUUAGGAUUUGUAGGAGUAAACAAAUUUUGAGUGUUCACUUCUUAGUAUAAAACAUAUUUGGUCGGGAGAAUGCCUUCCCGGAAGGCUCAUGCUGUGCAUAAGUUUUCGCGUAGAGUUCAUCAUGGUGCAGGGUAGAAUAAUAGUGUUUUUUAGCUAAAUAUAAUUCUUUGGUGGCAUCCCAUUACAGAUGAGGCUGAUACUCUUCAGGUGUACACUGCCGAGAAUGAGUGGAAGAGGUGUAUUUCCUCAUGUGCCAUUUUCUAUGUUUCGUGUAAUGCUAUUUUGUAGUCUGUAAGUUCUAAGGGA